ACCCCAUGCCUUUGGACAUGCUGUUCCUCCUGCCUGGAAUUCCCUUGUCCGCCUGGUGAACUCCUCGUUCUGCAAGACUCCGCUCAAACAGCACCUUCGAGAAGACUGCCCUGCCCCUUCCCUGCCCUGCCCUUGUCUUCCCUCCCCUGGGUCCCCAGACCCCGUGUACAUCCUGUGUACAACUGUGGGGCUGCUUCCCACACAUGGGGCACAGCGAGCCUCCCUUGGCCUCCCUUGACCAUCAGACUGAGUCCCUCCAAGGGCAGGGACUGUCUUUAUCUUUGCAUCCCCCGCUGCACCCCGUGCCCCGCCUGUUGGGGGACUCGGUGGAUGGUGUGCGGGCGGAUGGGUCCCGCAGCCCCCGGAAGCCAAUAGACUCCCUCCGGGAUUCCCGGUCCCUCAGCUACUCGCCCGCUGAGCGCCGCCGCCCCUCACCCCAGCCCUCGCCGCGGGACCAGCAGAGCAGCAGCGAGCGGGGUUCCCGGAGAAGCCAGCGUGGGGACAGCCGCUCCCCGGGUCACAAGCGCAGGAAGGAGACGCCCAGCCCCCGCCCUGUGCGGCACCGCUCCUCAAGGUCUCCGUGAAUCCUUUCAGGGGAAUUCCAUCCUGCCCCAAGUUCUGGAGCUGCGGGGCAUGCCCUCCUUUUUUCCCAACAGAGCUGGGGGAAAGGGGUCCUUGUCUGCCCUCCCCCACAACCCUGGCAGCAUCCCGUUGGGGAGGGCUCCCUUAUUUCCCUCCCUCCUUUUUUUCUUUGUUCUGUGAAAUGUUAAUCUCUGUGAGUUUUUCCUGGUUCACAUGUUUUGGGGGGUUUGGGGUGGGUUGGGAAUGAGAAUGGGAUUUGUGGGAGGGGAGGAUACGGUUUGGGACUCCCAGGUUUUGACUCAGAAAGGACUUCGGAGGCACUGCCCCCCUUGAACCCCGAGUUCCUGGGGGGAUGAUGGUUUGGAACUAGCAGACCUGUGUGAGUUACACCCAGAAGGAAGGGGAGUUGAAAUCAGUUGGCUCCUCUUGGCCUCCCAGUGAGGUUGUGGCCCCUCCCCCCAACUUUUCUUCACGUUUCUUAAAGGCAUUUUGGUUUUUUAAAAUCUGUACAGCAAGAGCAACUUUUUCUGUCAAAUAAAAAUGAGAAAUGCAGGAA